UUGUGGAAUGCAGUAAUGAAAAACUCCACAUUCAUUGCACAAUAACAUCUUUUCAGAACAGUACGCACUGUCAAAAAAGUGAAAUGUUUUGCUCCAAUAGUAAAAUGCAGAAAAUUUUUGGUUGUUGUAGAGAAAAUGUACGAAGCCCAGACGAUAAACGCUGAACAUAAGGAUCUCAUACAUGAUGUUGCAUACGAUUACUACGGUGAAAGAAUGGCCACCUGUUCAAGCGAUCAAUUUGUUAAGGUAUGGGAUCAAGAUGAACAUGGUAAAUGGCAGAUGACUGCUAGCUGGAAGGCACAUAGUGGAUCAGUGUGGAAAGUAACAUGGGCUCAUCCAGAAUUUGGACAAGUGUUGGCAACAUGUUCUUUUGACCGUACUGCUGCCAUCUGGGAAGAAAUAGUGGGUGAGGGUUCCGUACCUGGAGAACGUGGUAUGCGACACUGGGUAAGGAGAACAAACUUAGUUGAUUCACGAACCUCAGUCACUGACGUUAAAUUUGGACCAAAAUCUCUUGGUCUUUUGCUGGCAACAUGUUCUGCAGAUGGUGUUGUUCGUAUAUAUGAGGCUCCAGAUGUCAUGAAUCUGAGUCAGUGGACACUGCAACAUGAAAUAUCAUGUAAGCUUUCUUGCAGCUGUGUGUCAUGGAAUCCAUCAUUUUCCAGGUUACAUCCUCCUAUGUUGGCUGUUGGGAGUGAUGAUACAACCGUAUCAUCUGGAGGCAAGGUGUUCAUUUAUGAAUAUAAUGAAUGCAGCCGGAGAUGGGUGAAAAUUGAAACAUUAUCUACAGUAACAGAGCCAGUACAUGAUAUUGCAUUUGCACCAAAUCUUGGGAGAAGUUACCACUUGCUUGCAGUUGCAACAAAAGAUGUUCAGAUUUAUAAACUUAAUCCCUUACCCGACAAAGGUACCCAGAGUGGUUUAACAAAACUGGAAGUCUCAUUGCAAGCACAAUUUGAAGACCACUACUCAACAGUGUGGCGUGUCUGCUGGAAUGUUACUGGAACUAUGUUGGCUUCUUCGGGAGAUGAUUGUUGUGUUCGUUUGUGGAAAGCUAAUUUUGCAUCAGAGUGGAAAUGUGUGGCUGUGCUUAAAGGCGACGGUUCACAAGUGAAGACAGACAUCUCCUCACCAGCACAGGCGACACCAGCCUUGUCAGGAGUUUCACCAGGAGUCGGUGCAGUUGCAGUCUUAGCAGGAGCAGCACUGGUUGCUGGUGGUGGAGGUAGUGGUUCUGGUGGUGGCUCAGCACAACAGACCAGUGCUGCAAGAGGGGACCGGAGGGAGGAAGCUCCAGCCAACACUAGGAGAGUCGCUGGGAGCACCGCAAUGCAAAGGGGUUUGCCAGGAGCAGCCUCCAUACGACCAUCUGAUGAUACAGUAUCCACACAUUCUGGCAGUAAGUGGCAGGCACCAGUGAUGAAGGGGAGAUUCCAGAAGAUGACUUGGCUGGGAUCUGAUCCCCCUCCACCGCCUCCACCAGCUGUCAAGACAAGGCCUUUCAAGAAAUAGACUGAUAUGAGUAAUGACAUCUUCUACAUGUCUACACCUCUUAGACUUCCACAUAUUAUUUAUGCUGAUGUAAAUAAUAUUUUAUACUGAUGAGAGAUGCAGUACAAGUAGUGCUGUUUCAGUCUUGUAAGACCUCUGUAUUUUUCCCACAAUUUGUGAAUAUUUUAUGACUCCUCAAUAAUUAAAUAAUAGAUUUUUUUUAUAAGGCAAAUAGCUUUAAAUUUCUCUUGUUCAGGAUAUGAGGGUCAACUGCUAAACUAGUCAUCAUCCUUUGACUGAGAUGGACAUUGUUUUCAGCAAACAUAUGCAUGUUUCUGAGAAACGUAUAAAAGACUGAAUUUUGCUGCUAGUAUAUUCAGAACUAUGAUCCUAUUUAAUUUCUUCAUUGAAAUGGUGGUUUUCUUUUACCAAGUGUAAUAGGAUUUUCAGACCUUUGUCCAGUCUCCCACUCUUAAACACCAUUAACAACUUCUUUACAGAUCAAUCAAAUAAACAUGACUACCUACAAGUAAUUAUGUUUUAACAUUUUGACACUAUUUGUUUAUGAAAUAAUCCUGAGUUGUUAUUGUAUUAUGUUAUUAUCUUAAUCAUCAUCAUCAUCAUCAUCAUCAUCAUCAUCAUCAUCAGAUGUACCAAUCCUGGUGAAAGUCACUGUUUACUUAUUUAUUUCUCCAAACUUCUCAACACAUUAAAAGUGGAAUUAUUAGAUGAUCUUGUAGAUUUAAAUGGCUGAAAUAUACACCACGCAGCAAAGUAACAUCAGGUUAACAAUUUUGCUAUAUCUUAAAUUAAUUUUCCUACAAACCCAUAAGGCACUUUAUUUUACUGGCAUGACUGUAUCAUUUCAUCGUUGUUCACUAAUGUGCAAGUAUGUUGAAUGUACUGGAAAUGCUUACUUACUCUUCAUCCUACAAACCAAAAUUCUUUUGAGGAAUUGAUAGUAAAUGCAUUAAAAUUCUAUUGUACUAAUAGUCAUGUAGCGUGUUGUGAAAAGUGUUACAAUUUUGUUUCAAAGCAUUAUGUAAGUUUUAAUAUGAAAUUUCAAACUGAUAUACAUCCACAAUAAUGCCCUGGAAACAGUACCUCUGUUUAUUUUGAAUAUCAAUCACUUCAAGAACUGGUUAUGUUCUAGGAAACAAGUGGACCAAUCUGUUUUUUCUUCUUCAAAGCUUGUGUCCACUGAUAGUAGUUAGAUAAGGGUGGUCAUAAUAACUGUUGUAUCUGAAAGAGAUUUAUUAAAUCAUGUAAAUAUACAAGACUGAAUUCUUUCAGCUGGUUAGUGAUGGAUGAUGAGUCAAAUAGUGUGUGUAUUAUCAAAUACCUGUAAAGUCAAAAGUUAAUUUGAGUAGUUUUAGACUGCUGGUAUGGCACCUUAUAAUUCAGAGUUCCCUAUUCAUGAUCUCAACUCAAAAAUAAAUUAAUCCAAGGUACAAGAUUUUUCACUGAGUAGUUGUUAAAAAUACAAUUCACUUAUAUCUAGCUUCCAUAUAAAUGAAAGAUUCAUUCUUACCAUAUGAUGCUCAUGCUAUUCACCAGACCAAUAAGAUAAAAUAUUAUUGUUCAAGAAUAAUUUUUAGAUAAAACUGAAACAUUUCAUUAUAUUUAAAUUAAUUCUCCAUAUUUUAUCGUCUUUUUGUUCCUACCAUUCAGUAACCUUUUCAUUCAUGUUUUGAUUAAUAUAUCUUUGUAAUUCUCUUAUUUAUCAGCUAUAGUCUUACUUCUUCUCUUUCUUUUUUCUUGCAUGCAUAGGAAGUUCACAGAAAUUACUUUCUAGUAUCUGGGCACAAGACAAAUGUGGAGUGUGCAUAAUUAUUGUUGCCCAACAGCUUAUAUUGAAGUGCCCUCCCCUUGCCUCUCUCAGAAAUUUAGAUUAAAACAUCCACCAUAUUGGCCGCCUGAAUAUAAGCCAUGACCUCCCACCCCUUUUUAUGCUGGGGGGGGAAUAAGUCAGGAGAAAAAUUUACAUCACUUUACCCACCUACAAAAGCUUUUCAAAGAACAGUCACUCUUAAUCACAUUUUUGUAUUGUCAUAUAGAUAAACCACACAGAAAUGCCAGCCAUUUCAUCACAGUUUUUACUGAUGUCACUGUUAACUUACUUAUCUUUUCUGUUCCUUACUGUCAGUAUUUUUUGCACUCUUUCUCCAAAGUAGAAUGUGCUCACUGCCAUCCAUGACACUGGACACACAACUCUAUUUUAACAUGUUGGCUACUGAAUCUGGUGAUGUGAGCCAUGAAGAGGUAAUCCUUUCACACACGAUGUUGACUGAUGGCUUUUUAAUCUUGCCAGCUGUAAUGAGUGCAUAAUCCCUGUGUAAAAACAUUUUGGAAUAGUUUUUGUUUAUGAUGACAUCAAGCACCAGCAGGUUUUAAGUCAUACCUCCAAUUAUAAUUACUAAAUCAGUCUUCACUGCAGCAAUUUUAUUCUGUACUUCAGAUGUAAGUUGGCUUUUAAAGGCAACCAUCACUAGUACAGAACGCACUGAGCAACAUAUCUGCCUAGUCACAAAUUCUUAGGGCAAUUUUUCUACUAGUGUAGUACUCCGCCAGAAAGAGAGGCCAGUUCUACACAUAAACUGCUGCACAGCCAGUAUUCCAAUGAUAUUUUACUGUGGUAUGUUAAAAGUCCUUGCAAUUUCCAAGAUCUUUAACAAGAUUAUUUGUCAAGCAUAGGUAGCCCAUCUUCUUUAAUCUGGCACAAAGGAAAGAAGCCCAGUUUCAAGUUCAGGUUAUUUUGCAGCUUUGACCCUCUGUAGGUUUGUAAGUGCUACUCUGAGAUGGAAAGGUUGACACAGGAGAGGAAUUCAUGGCGGGCCACAUCAAACUAGCCAGAGGACUGAUGACACAAAAAAUGUAGGGUUCUCUUGACAAAAUGUUAAUAUGCAGAUCAUACUAAAAUGUGGUUGACACCACACAUUACAUUGGACCAAAUUAUACUUUUUGCCAUUAUCUCUAUUAGAUGUACUCUUCACAUAAUGAAUAACUGCAAGUUUGAAAUUUGCAUUAUAAUUCUACUGUAUUUGGGAGUUUGAUGAUUUUUCUGUUGACAUUGCCACUCAUUGGAAAAAGACUAAAUUUUACACUUUAGAUAGAGAAAAACUAAUCCUGUCCUGUUGUGUAAUGUAACGAAAUCGUGAACCUGAUAAUACUCAAGACAUAAAUGAAACGUCAGCCGUUGAAGUUGAUUACAUUUUCAACAAUGAUUAAUUUCUAAAUACUUGUAGUAUUUUUGCUUCAUUUCUAUUAUGCAAAAAUAUCCUGGUGUUUGUAAACUUGCAACAGAAAGCCUCCUAAUUUUUCAUGGCCCUAUUCUGGGGAAACAUUGCGGCUUAUAUUUGGGCCGCUUAAAAAAUGGCAAAGCUCCACAAACUGACCCUGGCAGGCCUUACAACACUGACUGAUCAUUGUGUCAUCCUCUGCCAAUGUGAACGGACGUGGUAUGGAGGUGCAUGGGAUCAGCACACCACUCUUCCAACCACUGCCAAUUUUCCAUACCUUCAAGCCAGUACUUUUCACUCAAGUAGCUCCUCAAUUAGUAUUAUGAGGCUGAGUGCACUCAGUCUACCCACCAAGGAAAUUAUUGGCUAAUAUGGUAAUGAAUGUGAACUACUGUCAUCCUGUAACUGGGCACCUAUUUCACUUUUAUCUUCUCUACAAAUAACAAAAUUAUUGAAAAUUUUACAAAUCUAAUUACAAAUUGUGUGAAUUCAAAUGAUCUCAGUUCUGAUUGUUGUGUCUGUGUUUUUAAAGCAAUAACAAAAUAUCAAAUAUUUAAAAAAACAGUAUUAUUACAGUAUUUUAUUCUUGAUUUUUUGUGAUGUUGUCUUAAUUUGUGAAAGGUACAUGUAAGUGUGACUUUUGUAUAGGCUGUUACUUAAUAUUUUAAAAUUCAAUUGUUCUGUAUAUAGAACAAAAUUGGUACUUACUACAGAUGUGAAUAUAUCACUGUUGAUAUGUUGAUGACUGCUUUAUGGGCUUGAUUUUAUGGAAAUUUUGUAAAUUAUAUUUAUUAAACAUCAGUAAGGCUCUUUCAGUUAAUAAAUGUUUGGUGUUUAGUGUCUUUAA